AUGUCGUCGUCGGAUAUUUUCGAUGUGCUGAACAUCCAGCAAAGAUCCAAGAGUCCAGGGAGUACCGCCUCCCCAACUCCAACUGCUGUUAGCAGUGGAACGAACGGUAACCGGACUGCUAAACCGCAAGUUACCGGUAUGCAAAGAGAACUUUACAGUUUACUGGGUGAGAACCAACCUCCAGUAGUUAUACAGCCAAGCAAUAAGUUUAAGGAGAAAUUAACUGCUAUCACUAAGCCUUCACCUUGGACCAACGCACCUUUCAAGGCAAACUCUACGGUGACAUUACAUCAUUGGAUCAAAGGUACGAAAGAGUCGAUUGGAUCUGAGCCUCAGGAGUCCCAGUAUGCGAAACUCAAUGUUCACCUAACCAUUCCUAAGUUCAAUAAAGAAGAAUACGAAACGUUUAUGACAAAGACAGAUGAGCAGAAGCAAGACGUCGCCAACCAAACUGCAGAUACGAUAAAAAAGGAAGAGAAUACGGGGAGCCCUGGCGAGUCAUGGAGUUUCGAUGAAAUCGACUACCUGUUCAAUCUUUGUAGGCGAUACGAUAUGAAAUGGUUUGUCAUUCAUGAUCGGUACUCUUUUGGCAAGCCUCGAAGCUUGGAGGAUCUAAAAGAGAAAUUCUACGAAGUUUGCAGGAACUAUUUCUCCACCAACUCUCCUAAUGAUCCCAUAAUGGAGAACUUGAACUAUCCCAGGGAAAAGGAACUUGAGAGAAAGAAGUAUCUGCAGAGACUACUUGCCAGAUCGGCGGCGGAAAUUGCUGAGGAGGAAGCCCUGAUAAUCGAGUCUCGUAAAUUUGAAAUGGCUGCUAAAAAGACGUUAAAUGAAAGAGAAUCGCUGCUGCGCCUGUUGGAUUCGCCGAAUUCAGAUCAAUCCGUGUCUCAAUACAUGACUUCACAGGGAAUCGCUCAGCUCUAUGGAAGCCUUCUCUCAGACAAAUCGAAGAAGCGGAAGCACAAUUCUGUUGUGCCAGAAAAUCCUUGGAUGAAACAGCAGCAACAGUUUGCGCAGCAAAGGCAGCAAUUGCAACAAAUGCAAGAUAAAAGACAGGAUGGCCAAGAUCUUGGAUCCCCCCGGAAAACUAAGAAGCAGAAGCAAGAAAUUCAGACGGCUAUGAAGCGAAAGGCAGAAAGUGUAUACGCAGAGCAUCUUCUUAAAAAUUUUAGCCCUGAGGAAAGAGACGCAUUGGGAGUCAUUACUCAUGGUGAUAAAUUACCUCCGGGAGUAUAUCUGCGGUCGUCUAAGAUUUCUACUUUCAAGCCUGCUCUUCAGAACAAAGUUGCCGCAAUUUUGCAGGAGCUGGAUUUGCCCAUCAGACCUGCCAUGCCCACAGCCAAGGUGAUUAACAGACAUGAGGAACUACUCAAACGCAUAACAACCCUAGUGGAUCUCAAAAAACAUCUCGAUAAGCUGGAAGCUGAGAAAGCUAUCGCAAAGUGA